AUGGAUGGCCCAGCACCGCAAGAAGAGGACUUCUCUUCGAUCCCAAUAGGAGACCGAAUCACUCACAAGAACUGGAAGGCUCGCGUACAUGCAUAUGAGUCUCUCAUCAAGACCUUUCAAACAACGGCAUCAGACACAGAUCCUGCGUUCAAACCAUACAUCAAUAAUUCGGAUCUGCUCAAGAAGAUUGUGACAGACUCUAAUGCAGUAGCUCAGGAGAAAGGCGUCGAAUGUGUCGUGAAUCUCGUCCGGUUUGCUGGGGAAACCGCGGCGAAGACACGAGACACGGUCGUACCAGCUUUGGUAGACAAGUCAUUUGGAUCAGCGAGGGCUGGCACAAAGGCACAAGCGGUAGAGUUAGUCCUGCAAUAUGUGGAGAUAGAGAAUGUUGGGACAGGCGUUGUGAACGAUAUAUUACCAGGACUCGGAGCCAAGCAACCCAAGAUUGUUGCUACUACGGUAGUGGCACUGAAAGAGAUAGUUCGCUUGUUUGGCAUUCAGGUCACGCCGCCGGCCCCCAUACUGAAGGCAUUGCCCAAAAUCUUUGGUCAUAGCGACAAGACUGUUCGUAGCGAAGGAACGCAGCUUACGCACGCGUUAUAUCAAUGGAUGGGUCCCGGGAUAGAGACUUUCCUCGGUGAUCUCAAGCCCGUGCAGGUGAAGGAGCUAAAGGAGGCUUUUGAUGCAAUGGAGAGCGAGGGAAGGGGGAGAGGGACCCUGAAGGCGGAGCGCUUGACACGGGCGCAGGCUCGAGAGAAAGAAAGCAAUAUUGAUGCAGAUAUUGAGGAUGAGGGUAAUCAGGAAGAAGAUGCAGCGCCUCCCGAUCCCAGAGACUUUGCAGAGGCCGUCGACGUCGUUCCUCAGCUCCCACCAUCAUUCCAGGCUGCUUUAACAUCGUCCAAAUGGAAGGAGCGCAAAGAGGUAUUAGACCAAAUGUUGGCGCUGUUGUCCGCAACGCCCAAGAUCAAGGAGAACUCGGAGCUAGGAGAUUUGGCAAAGUCACUCGCCGUUCGAAUACAGGGGGACGCCAAUAUUAAUUGUGUCAUGGUCGCCGCCGGUUGCAUGGAGGCUCUAGCCAAGGGAUUAAUGGGUUCAUUCGCGAGGUACCGCGAAAUGGUCGUUGGGCCCAUGUUAGAAAGGUUGAAGGAACGUAAAGCUAACGUGACGGAUGCAAUCGGCGUCGCACUUGAUGCGAUAUUCACUACUACUACCCUCAGCGAUAUAAUCCCUGACUUGUCUUCCGCCCUGGCUUCCAAGAACCCGCAGGUGAAGGAGGGCACGUUGAAGUUCCUUGCACGCUGCCUUUCCACAGCUAAAUCUCCCAUUUUGGGACCACAAAUCAAACCCAUGGCAGAGUCGCUUUCAGCGCUGCUGGAAGAUAGCCACGAAGGUGCUCGAAACGAGGCUGCCGUUUGUAUGGGAACUUUGAUGAAGAUGGUUGGCGAGCGACCUCUCAAUGCCGUAGUUGAUUCACUCGCGGAUGUUCGGAAGGCCAAGGUCAAGGAAGCUUAUGAGAAGGCCACUGUGAAGUGCAAGAGUGGUGCUCCCGCACCCCCCAAGCCAGCCGCCUCUGCGCCAGCUCCAUCCUCAAAGAAGGCACCCUCAAAACCUACAGCUAAAGCGGCGCAGCCGAAUGGCGACACUGAGACCGAGCCUGCAAAGAAGCCAGCUGCGAAGCCUCCCGCACGUUUGACAGCAAAGAAACCUCCGGCCGCGUCAGCACCUGCAGCGGCAGCAGCGGCGACUAAGAAGGCGCCACCUGCAGCUUCAAAGUCUGGCAAAGCUCAAGCUUCCGCUGCCGCUGCCGGCUCUCUGGAUACCUUCAAGUAUAAACACACACCUGAAGAUGCUGAAAGCCUAGCGGCUGACCUAAUACCUGCUCAAAUCACUAUUGAUUUAGCCGAUAGUAAUUGGAAAACUCGCCUAGCUGCUAUCGAGGAAAUGACCAACUGGCUGGACUCUGUAAUUGGUGAUGUCGAUGCUGAAGUUGUUGUUCGUGCAAUAGGGAAGAAAGGUUGGAACGAGAAAAACUUCCAGGUGUCCGCAAGUUUAUACGGCAUAUUGAGCAAUCUCGCUGAAAAUUGUCCCUCGUUCGGACGAUCGUGUAUAGCUCUCUCCGUACCGCAUCUUGUAGAGAAAUUAGGAGACAUGAAGCUGAAGAAAGCUGCUGGUGACACAUUGUCGGUGUUCGCGGAGAAGACCUCUCUACAAUUCGUCCUCAACCAAGUGUACGACCCACUCUCCAAACAGAAAGCACCGAAAGUCAUUGCAGACGCCAUUGCUUGGAUUAACACAGCUUUAACAGAUUUUGGAAUCGCUGGUCUUUCCCUGCGAAGUCUGAUAGACUCCUUGAAAACCGCACUCCAAAACUCAAAUGCCGCUGUACGUACCAGUGCCACGAAGACGCUGGUGACCGUGAAGCUUUUUGCUGGCUCAAGCAUAAAGGACUUGCUUGAAGAUUUGAAUCCCCAGCUGAUGAACACGAUUAGCGGUGAAUUUGAUAAAGUUGAGGGCCAGCCUGCACCUGAGCCCAGCAAAACGUCUGCAGACCUUGCAAAUAUGGCUUCGUCUGGCUCGCAAUCAUCAGGCGCUGCAGUGGCUGUUGACGCUUUAGACGAUCUGUUUCCUCGAAUCGAGGUAGAUAGCUUACUCAAAGGGACAACAAUACUCGCCGACGCGAAGAGUGACGCGUGGAAGACGAAGAAGGAAGCCCUCGAGACUCUCCAGGCUCUUCUGGAUCAAGGUUCCAACAAGCGAUUGAAACCGACUAUGGGUGAAAUCGGGCAAGUUCUUAAAACGAGGGUGACUGAUACAAACAAAGCAGUGCAAACUGCUGCGUUAGACAUUGUCGCUCGAAUCGCAACUGGAAUGGGAAAGCCUUUCGAGAAGCAUUGUCGUUUAUUUGUCCUCCCUGUCGCAACAGUCCUCUCGGAUCAGAAGGCUCCUAUUCGUGCGGCGGCUAUCCAAACCCUGGCUGCGAUCGCCACCGCCUGUGAGGGUUUAGAACCUCUUGUUCACGGCAUCACCACAGCUUUAGAAACCUCGAAUCCGCAACAAAAAGGGACUUUGCUCAACUGGCUUGCAGAUUGGUUCAAAGAACACGAAUCGACUUCGUCUGUGGAUCUCAACAGCUGGGCAUUGCCUGUGGUUAGUUGCCUUGAUGACCGCAACAGCGAAGUUCGCAAAGGUGCUCAGGCACUACUGCCCGCAAUCGUCCUACACGCUGGUUUUGAUUAUGUCAUGCAACAAGCCAACUCCUUGAAGCCCGCGUCCCGAGGCUCAGCGAUUCCUCUCAUUCAAGCUGCCCGUCCCGCUAACGUCCCUACUCCCGCCCCUCCAGCUUCCAAGUCCGCCCCGAAAGCCAAGGCAACACCCCGCGGAGCUUCUCCCGAACCACCUCCACCUCCACUCUCACCGGUACCUGCUCCAGCAACUAAAGCAACAAAAGUGACUGGAGUUCGUCGCAAGCUUCCUUUGAGUAGCAAGCCAGCUUCGCGCUCUGAGACUCCCGAUAGUACUGGGCCACGGGCGUCGGGCAAACCAGCAGUAGGAGGAGCCAGCAAGGCAGGUACCAAGCAGGAUGAAAGCCUGCCUUUCUUCAGUUCGAACCCAGAAGCCAGAAAGGCUAGAACAGCGAAGGACUCCAAUAAGUGGAUCAACGAAGGUGGCCCAACACGCAAAGAUCUGGCUGAGUUGCUUCAAGCCCAGAUGGAAGGUCAUGCUUCGAAAGAACUAUUGAAUCGUUUGUUUAGCCACGAUCACAACGCUGUUAACGAUCAUAUAUUGGGCCUUUCGACUUUAUGCGAAUUUUUUUCCUCGCAGAAUGGAGACAAAUCAUUGGAAGACAUCUGCUUCGCCAACUUCGACCUUCCCCUCAAGUAUGCUUCCAUCAAAGCCCACGAGCCUCAGCCAAACCUCAUUUCCAAGUGCUUGGAAGUUGUGGAGACGAUGGUUGCCUUCCUUCGUUCCUUGAAUUACCAAUUGACAGACAGCGAAGCAAUGUGCUUCAUCCCAACUUUCGUCCUUAAACUCGGCGACGCAAGGGAACAAGUUCGCAGCAGGGUGCAAGCUAUCAUACAAGAUUUGCCCAAGAUUUACGCUUACAGUCGGCUCUUCCAACUCCUUUCGGACUACGGCCUGAAGUCGAAGGUCGCGAAAACUCGACAAGGUUCGCUAGACGAAAUGGCUGGCUUAUUGAAGAGGUUUGGCAUUGGGGCUUGUGAACCCAACAAGGCUUGCCCUAUCAUGGCCAGCAUGAUAGCUGAUAAAGAUUCACUCGUCAGGAAAGCUGCCCUCGGAGCUCUCGGUGAGGUUUACACGCUGGUGGGAGACAAAGUUUGGAGUUUAGUUGGGCCCCUUCCUGCCAAAGACAAGACACAGCUUGAGGAGCGACUGCGUCGCGUACCAGGUCCCCCUGAAGUAGCUAAAGCAGAGCCUACACUUGCUCCCCCACCUCAGAUCUCUCGCAUCGCAGGCGGUAUUCCUCGACCAAACUCUCCUGCUGGUGCCUCACGUUUCGGCCUUCCCCGCUCAGCUAGUCCAGCCCUUGUAUCAAGGUCCAAACUCGCGCGCCCCGCGUCGCCAGCGGCUCCUAUCCGAGCCAACUCCCCGAACCCUCGACCUCAGUCUCCAGUCAGGCUACCAGCAUCUCAACCCCCAGCAUCUACUAUCCCUCAGUCACCCACUGGUCUCGCUCGACCAAGAAGUAUGCUACCAUCCCGUCUUGGCCGACCUCGAACGAACACCGCCUCAACGUUGUCUCCACCAGUCGACACCAUCCCCGAAUCAAUACGACCCACUCAUCAUGUAACACCCUCUUAUGACGACCAUUACGACGAUCCGAACGAACCACCCCCUCCUGCGGCUGAUGAUAUCACGGUCACUAUAUCAAGUAUCUUGAGUAGCGAUCCCUCCAGAAGUGUUGAUGCCUUGAAGAAGUUCCAGAAAAUACUCGCUGUUAGCCCUGACGCUGGUUCUUCGUCUCCUCAGUACAGGGAACUCGCCGAACACACAGAAGGGUUGAUAGAGACCAUCACGCUUCAAAUGACGCACAUCUUCGACAGGCCCGAGGAAUUCAUCCUAGAUGAGAACUUCCGCCUCGCAAAGCACCUUAUACAGACUCUCAACAACUUCUGUGAUCAUCCUUUCCUGGCAGAGUCGUUAACCGUCGAUACGCUCACUUCUCUGCUCGAGGAGCUAACACUGAGGUUGCUAGAGACAGACGAUAGCCCAGUGAAGAAGGUGAAGGACUUGUCGAGGUUCAUCAACAUGAUCAUCUUGCGGCUAUUUGCUACUGGCAGGCGUAUGUCAAUAUUUCGUGCUCUAUUUGCACUGCUACUCCAGAUCGUAAAGCCUUUCCCGACGAAUGGGACCUCGCCGGACUCCAAGGAAGCGAAGGUUGCUGAGUUGGUGCUGAAGUGUAUCUGGAAAUUAGCGAGAAAUAUACCACAGGACCUUGGCGAGCAGCGGCUUGAUCCGGUCGAAUUAUUCCCUGCCGUCGAACACUUCUUGCAGUCUGUUCCUCCGAAUGAAUGGCGAGCUCGAGCGACAAACAAGGUUCCCUGUGGCGAUAUGCCGCUACGGACGAUCAAAGUCAUCAUACAACACGUCGUCGCUUACCACGGCGAUGGUGUGUACGAUUUACUCUCUGGCGCCUUCGAUGACCCUUCCGCAACGAUUGUGUACCCCUACGUCUACCGAAUACUGAACUCCAGCAAUAGCAAGGCUGCAAGCGGCGACCCUGUGACAAAGCUAACCAUGGAGCCUCGCCAUCAUCCAUCUCAAUCACCUUCCUCGAGCAGACCUCUUUCUCCGCAGGAAACCGCUUCCAAUGGCUCGGCAGGUCAUCAUCGGUCGCCAAGUCAUCGCACAAGCCCUAGUGUAUCCUCGGCCAACGACAACGGUGGCUACCCCAGCGAAGAGCCGGACCCAGAUGCGCAAUUGCUAACGAUUAUUGGUCACAUUUCGUCCGAGACUACCGGCGCACUACACAAGGAGGGCAUCACUGAGCUUCACCAUUUUUUGAAAGCAUAUCCACAUAAGCGCCCUCGCGUUGAGAAGAUGCUCGAGUCCACCGGCGCGGCUUUCCGCAAGUACAUUAACCGUGCGCUUGCCAGCCGAGCAGCUGAAGACCAAGAAAGGGACGUCGCGGUGGCGGAUACACUAUCCAAACUAGAAUCGAAUCAACGACCACCUGUAACUACUCCUUCAUCGCCACCUCCGCGAAAUGGCAUCAUGCCGAAGCGGACCAGUCAACCAGAAGAUUCCGGGACGCAGGAAAAACUUUCCAGAUUGCAUGACAUUUUCCAGACCCACAAGAUGCUGUCCUUUAAUGACCCUAAUCUCACAUACGACACGGCCUUGAUGUUCUGGCGUAUCAUCACCCAAAUAUUCUUUCGUGAAAUACGACCCCGAGGCGCGUUCAACAUACCAAAGGAGGGCCCUGUCAUAUUCGUAGGAGCCCCCCACCACAACCAGUUUCUGGAUCCUCUUCUACUGACGCUGGAAGUGCACCGCGAGACACGGCGCCAUGUACAGUUCCUCGCUGCGGCUAAAAGCAUGGACAGGAAAGUUAUCGGUUUCUUUGCUCGCCUAAUGGACAGCAUACCAGUCGUUCGUGCUGCAGACCGGGUCAAAGCGGGCACGGGGACAGUCAGACUCUCACCGGACGAUCCAUGUUUGAUACUCGGCGAGGGUACUUGCUUCAGAACUGAAUUCACUCCCAAGAUGCAAAUAAUGCUACCGAAAUCCGUCAACUCUGCCGUCGCUGAAGUCCUCGAAGUUGUCUCAGACACCGAAUUGAGAAUUAAGAAGGAAUUCGGUGGAGACAGUGGGAAGGUUACAAAUCGUCUUCGAGAGAAGCAGCAAGAACUUCACAGCGAGGGUCAGCCUGGAUUCACGUUUAAGACGCUGCCGUUCGUCGACCAGCAAGAAAUGUACCGACAUGUUUAUCAAUCCCUUACGAACGGUGGCGCCAUUGGUAUCUUCCCUGAAGGUGGUAGUCAUGACCGUUCAGAUCUCCUCCCUUUGAAAGCUGGUGUAUCAAUCAUGGCACUCGGCGCCAUGGCCAACGAUCCCAGUGUUAAAGUCAAAAUUGUACCUGUCGGCCUGUCCUAUUUCCAUGCACACCGAUUCAGAUCACGCGCCGUCGUAGAAUUCGGCUCGGCCUUGGAUGUACCGCCUGAGCUCAUAGAAAUGUUCAAGCAAGGAGGCCCGCAGAAGCGGGAGGCCGUAUCCAAGUUCCUGGAUUUGAUCUAUGAUGCUCUCAAGACUGUCACAAUCAGAGCACCCGAUUACGACACGCUAAUGCUCAUCCAAGCAGUACGGCGAUUGUACAAGUCUCCUGCUCAACAAUUGACUCUUGGUCAAGUGGUGGAACUGAACCGACGAUUAUUGAAAGCAUACACACAUUUCAAAGAUGAACCCCGCGUCCAGAAACUUCGAGACGAUGUCCUCAGAUAUAAUCGCAUGGUGAGAGAUUUAGGCUUGCGGGAUCAUCAGGUUCCUAGAGCCAAACCCGCAGGAUUGAAGACCUUCGGCUUGCUCUGCUACCGGUUGGUGCUUCUGAUUGUUUGGACGCUACUUGCAUUACCUGGGACACUCUUGAACGGCCCCAUUUUCAUACUUGCAUCUAUUAUUUCUCGCAAAAAGGCCAAAGAGGCACUCGCUGCUUCGGUAGUCAAAGUUGCCGGACGUGACGUACUUGCUACAUGGAAAGUCCUUAUCUCACUCGGAGCCGCCCCCAUCCUCUAUGGAUUCUACGCCUUCCUUGCGACGUGGCUUGCGAUCAGGGCAAAUGCACCUAUGAAAUAUAGGAUUGCUGCUCCGUUCGCAGUCAGCAUAUCACUACCUUUUAUGAGUUACGCUGCUCUGAAGUUCGGCGAAGCCGGCGUUGAUGUUCUCAAAUCGUUAAGACCCCUCAUUGUGGCUUUGGUACCUGGACAACAGCGCUCUCUUGAUAAGCUAAAGGCUAUGAGGGUUCAUCUUUCUAACGAACUCGCCGAAUUGAUCAAUGACUUCGGGCCGGAGUUAUAUGAGGACUUCAACCAGUGGAGAAUCCUUGUCCCAUCCGCUAGUGUGCCACCCUCAGCAACUGCUCCAGGGCUAUGGCGACGAAAGAGUGGCAACGGCAUACACUUGGGCCUAACCCAUCCGAUGACAUGGGUCGAUGAACUUCUGUUUGGAUGGUCUCCCAGCGCCAAGCAUGGGACUAGCGCUUGGGGAGGAGCUUCGUCAGAAGACGCAAGUCGAUACGCCACGCCCGACGACACGGAUGAAGAAGACUCUGGCGACUACGACAACGUUAUUGGGAUCGUCCAGGAAACUCAACCUAAAACGCGGAGCCGGAAUAGCUCAUAUGCAGACUUACAGCGCUUGCGAUUGUCCGCACUGAAUCCGGCUUCAUCGACGUCAACGGGCGCAAGUAGUUCGGCUGUCUCCCAAGAAGAGUCAGAGGGUCUGCACCUCCGCAGUUGCCACCGCGAACGACGACCAAGCCUUACUGAUCGUGUGCCCGUUGAAGUGAUUGCGGCGGUCAAUCCUAAAGAACAGUUUACUGAGGCUACACAGGGACUUAAUGAUGAGAUACGGCGGAAGAAGGACGAACACGUCGAGUAG